GCAGAGCCGAGCACUUUUUUCGUCGCGAGUGAGGAAAAUCAAAAGCCAAACGGGAGUAAAAUAAAAAACCGACAUAUUCCGUCACGACCAAAAACCUUUGUGAGCAGUGUCAUUUGUCUGAGUGUUUGAGCUUCGAGUCGUACCGACACCGCGAACAGAUUUCGAGCGUUAUCUAAGCCGAUCGAGUUUGCUUGUGAUCACCGUCCGUUGUAACUUCGUCCAGUGAUGGUUGUCGCAGUGAAAGUUUUCAAAAAAUCCGCACCGAAUGGCAAGCUGACCGUCUAUCUCGGCAAGCGAGACUUCAUCGACCACACGGACUACUGUGAUCCGAUCGAUGGCGUCAUCGUGCUGGAUGAGGAGUACCUGCGAGGCCGCAAGGUCUUCGGGCAGCUCAUCACCACCUACCGCUACGGUCGCGAAGAGGAUGAGGUGAUGGGUGUGAAGUUCUCCAAGGAGAUGGUCCUGACGAAGGAGCAGAUCUAUCCGAUGGAGAACGCCAACAUGGAGAUGACACCGAUGCAGGAGCGUCUGGUCAAGAAGCUGGGCAAGAACGCUUUCCCGUUCACCUUCCAUUUCCCGACCAUGGCGCCAAGCUCGGUUACGCUGCAGGCCGGUGAAGACGAUCAGGGCAAACCGCUCGGUGUGGAGUACGCGAUCAAGGCGCACGUUGGCGAGGAUGAGAGCGACAAGGGCCACAAGCGCAGUGCCGUCAUGCUGCUGAUCAAGAAGCUGCAGUACGCUCCGGCGUCCCGUGGCCGUCGUCUGCCCUCAUCGCUCGUCAGCAAGGGUUUCACCUUCUCGCAGGGCAAGAUCAACCUCGAGGUGACGCUCGAUCGUGAGAUCUACUACCACGGUGAGAAGAUCGCCGCUAACAUCGUCGUCACGAACAACUCCCGCAAGACCGUCAAGAGCAUCAAGUGCUUCGUUGUGCAGCAUUGUGAGGUCACGAUGGUCAACGCCCAAUUCAGCAAACACAUUGCCUCGCUGGAGACUCGUGAAGGCUGCCCGAUCACGCCUGGGGCCAGCUUCACGAAGUCCUUCUUCCUUGUGCCGCUCGCGUCAAGCAACAAGGACCGACGGGGCAUCGCACUGGACGGCCAUCUGAAGGAGGAUGACGUGAACCUCGCCUCAUCCACGAUCAUCGGUGAGGGCAAGUGUCCUACGGAUGCGAUGGGUAUCGUCAUCUCGUACUCGCUGCGUGUGAAGCUGAACUGCGGCACGCUCGGUGGUGAGCUGCAGACGGAUGUGCCCUUCAAGCUGAUGAACCCGGCACCUGGAACCGUCGAGCGGGAGCGUGUGAAUGCGCUGAAGAAGAUGAAGUCGAUAGAGCGUCAUCGUUACGAGAACUCGCACUACGCCGACGAUGACGACAACAUCGUGUUCGAGGACUUUGCGCGCCUGCGAAUGAACGAGCCAGAGUAAAGCCCGUGAACUUCCGAGCCUAAUGUCCACCUUUAGCUGCACCCCGCCAAAUGCCUCACAACACGCCACGCCACGCCAACCGUCUAGCCACGCGUUCCAGCCCCAAACGUUCCCAGGAGAGCGCGCAUAGGUACGCUUGACCCCGUAGGGAGCUGUCUAUGGCUAGCUAAGGGACUCCGCCCUGCCCAGCAGCAUGUUUACCUGAAACCGCGUAACAACACCCUUGUGAUAGCGCUAUGAUGCAAUUUAAAUUAAAAAAUAGCACCAAAGAAAAAACGGAUAAAAGAGAGGGCGAACGCUAAGUGCUCCCCUAAGAUUAGCGAUACAUUAGAUAAAGAACGUAAAAAGGACGAAAACGAGGCGACAAAGUAGCUUCGAACAAAAAAAAAAAGAACAGCAGAGUAACUGAGUGAUUAUAAGAAGAUUAAAAAUUUGAUUCAUCGAUUAAUUCGUUGUCACACGGACACGGCUCGCGGUCCCGGUAGCGAAACAUCCACGCGUGGGGCAAACGACUGCGCAGUCACGAACGACGCCCCAGGAUCCCGGAGGAUAACGGCCGAGCCUCAGGCGCAACCGGGAACGUGCCCCGCCGGCAAAGGGCACAAUUAAUCGAUCAAUCGAAGAGCAACUAAAGGCCGCUAAGAGGCCAAAUACGAAUACAAGCCAACAAACCAAAUAAGCAACACACCCCAAGCGAACACCAGAAGUGAACGAAAUCGAAACUAAUCUAGUGCAGCUCGAUUCGGGGCGCGCGUUUUUCCCACCCCACCCACCGGGAGUAGGGUGGGAAAAACGACCCCACUCGAAUCGCUGGCGACAGCAGCCUUAGACAGUAAGACGUUUUAUUUUCUUUUUCUGUGAGAACGACGAGCGACGAAGGACACCAGGCCAGGAGCAUGUUGAUUCGCGUGCGAACACUUAUUGAGGAAGAAAAAACAAUGCCUGAUUUCGCGAACGAACGUAAAAGAUCAAAAAAUUAAGAACUACUCUCACACAUUCAAACGGAGGUAACGAACGGAACGGAACGGGCGAUGUUGCGGACGAAAUCCUGACCGAAUCCUGGCCGCCAUUCGCCGACCAUUCCGCUUGUCGUGCUCCUUACUGCGAGUCAAUUAUUGUUUUCAUUGGUUGAUUAAGCUUGAUAUGAUUUGCAAAAGCGGUUCGGUGAACCAUUUCUUCAAGCAUACGAAGGACACAGGAACGACCAUGGACGACAAAUAAACGGCAACAAGACAAUAGGCAUUUCGGAUCGACCGACGAGGAACUCAUUCCAACGCAGCUGGCGCGUGCCCUCGCGCACCGCAGCGACUACGCGAUCGAUAAUUAUGUUUUCUAAUCUAAUUUGGCAAUUGUUACUAUAUAAUUGGAGAUAAAAUGCAGAGCAGCAAAAAAAAAUGCGAUCCAGCAUGA